GUGACCCUAAAAAUCAAAUUCUGAUCAAUUGUUUGGGGGCCAAACUCAUCGACAAACAAGAACUUCAUACUAGUAUAUACAUCCACUGGAACUUCUUUAUUUUUUGAGCGGAAAAGUCUCAAACAAGCUUCAAUUAAUGGGAAGUAGUUCUCGCUUUCACUUGUACGCAGUCAUAAUUUUCCUUGCCUGCCUUGAUCUCCGAGGCGGGUGUUGCGGCCGUAUCCUGCGCGCUGACAAAUUACGCAAAGCAGCGCUCUUCGUUUUCGGUGAUUCUCUUUAUGACGCUGGCAACAACAAUUACAUCAACACCACCACUGAUUUCCAGGCGAACUUCUGGCCAUAUGGGGAAUCCUUUUUCAAGCACCCCACCGGGAGGUUUUCCAACGGCCGUCUUAUCCCGGACUUCAUUGCUGAGUAUGCAAAGCUGCCGCUCAUUCCAGCAUACCUCAAGCCAGGAGAACAUCAGUUUGAAUAUGGAGCAAACUUUGCAUCCGGUGGAGCUGGUGCUUUAGACGAAACACAUCCAGGACUGGUGAUUAACCUCAAAACACAGUUGAGCUAUUUCAAGAAUGUGGAGAAGAUGUUGAGGCAAAAGCUAGGUACGAAAGAUACAAAGCAACUGCUACACAAUGCUGUUUACCUGUUCAGCAUUGGCGGCAAUGAUUACUUGAGCCCCAUUGGAUCAAACUCCAGUAUCUAUUACUCGUUUUCUCAAGCGGAGUACGUGGAGAUGGUGAUUGGCAACUUGACUACUGUGAUCAAGGAGAUUUAUAAAGACGGUGGGAGGAAAUUUGGGUUCGUGGGCUCGAUUCCUUACGGGUAUUUACCAGCUAUUAGACUUCUCAUUCCAAGAAAUACUAGUGGUGAGUCCAUUGAAGAAGUGACAAACUUGGCUAAACUACACAGUAAGGCACUUGCCAAAACCCUCCAAAAGCUGCAGGCUCAGUUAAAAGGAUUUAAGUACUCAAACUUCCACUUCUACUCUUCUUUUAUGGAACGUAUAGACAACCCAUCGAACUACGGUUUCAAGGAAGGGAAGGUGGCAUGCUGCGGCAGCGGACGAUUAAGGGGAGUUUAUAGCUGUGGAGGGAAGAGAGGAGUAAAGAAUUACCAGUUAUGCAACAAUGCUAGUGAAUAUUUUUUCUUUGACUCUUACCAUGCCACUGAAAUGGCCUACCAGCAGUUCGCAGAGCUUAUGUGGAGCGGAACUCCAAAUAUCACAGGGCCUCACAACUUGAAGUCACUUUUUGAAUCAUCUGGAUUUUGUCUCGGAUAAAUCUGAGAAAUAAAAGUGUAUGGUUCAACAGGUGUUUUGAUUCCCAUCCCAAAUGAUGGUCUACGAAUCUAUUCGGUUGUAAUGUUGUAUUAAGUCUGCGCAGUUAAUGAAUUAUUUGAGCUUGCUUGAAAAAUUGUCAAGUUCUAGAUCACAUUCAUAUUUGGCUUUCUUAUCUUUCUUUGUAAUCGUAAAAGAGUUUCAAUGAAUCCAUCUCGAUAACUUGUUUUUGUAAAA